CUGUGCCAUUGGGCCGCCCGGGCAUCGGCCUCCCUCCUCUUCUCCCUCCUUCUCCUCCUCCUCCCGCCUCGGCUUUUUUCUUCCCCGCCCUGCCGCGUCGACGCCCUUCAGCUUUCCCUCAGAGCGGCGCGCGCCCAGCCCAGCUUCGCUCUGUCCCGUUACAGCUGAGGUAACCGCCGCCGCCGCCGCCGCCAUGUACCGUUGCUUGGGGGAGCUCCUGUCGCCCGCCCGCGCCGCUGGCGCCGCCGCCGCCGCCGCCUCGUCGGUGCUGUCCGGCGCGGAGCCUUGCGCGGCGGCCCUGCUGGCGGGGAGCGGCCCGGGCCGGAGGAGCGGCAGCGCCAGCAGCCGGCGCCGCUACAGCCAAGCCGUGGAGCAGGAGGAUGACCCCAACUUCUUCAAGAUGGUGGAAGGCUUCUUCGACCGCGGCGCUGGCAUCGUGGAGGACAAGCUGGUGGAAGGGCUGCGCACCCGCGAGAGCCCCGAGCAGAAGCGGCACCGCGUCCGCGGCAUCCUGCGCAUCAUCAAGCCCUGCAACCACGUGCUCAGCGUCUCCUUCCCCAUCAAGCGCGACAACGGCGAGUGGGAAGUGAUCGAGGGCUACCGGGCGCAGCACAGCCAGCACCGCACCCCUUGCAAGGGAGGUAUUCGUUACAGCACAGAAGUGAGUGUUGAUGAAGUGAAAGCAUUAGCUUCUCUAAUGACAUACAAAUGUGCGGUGGUUGAUGUGCCGUUUGGUGGGGCAAAGGCUGGUGUUAAGAUCAAUCCUAGGAAUUAUACAGAUAAUGAAUUGGAAAAAAUCACGAGGCGUUUUACCAUGGAACUAGCAAAGAAGGGCUUUAUUGGGCCUGGUGUUGAUGUGCCAGCUCCCGACAUGAGUACAGGUGAGAGGGAGAUGUCCUGGAUUGCAGACACCUAUGCCAAUACCAUAGGACACUAUGACAUUAAUGCUCAUGCCUGUGUCACGGGAAAGCCAAUCAGCCAAGGUGGUAUUCAUGGUCGUAUAUCUGCCACAGGCCGUGGUGUCUUCCAUGGAAUUGAGAACUUCAUUAAUGAAGCAUCAUAUAUGAGCCUCUUGGGAAUGACUCCAGGAUUUGGGGAUAAGACGUUUGCUAUCCAGGGAUUUGGCAAUGUAGGUUUACACUCUAUGAGGUACCUUCAUCGUUACGGUGCAAAAUGUGUUGCCAUUGGAGAAAAGGAUGGUGCUAUCUGGAACCCUGAUGGGCUUGACCCAAAGGAGCUGGAAGAUUACAAAUUGCAACAUGGAUCAAUUCUCACCUACCCGAAGGCACAGCCCCUGGACUGCCACAUCCUUGAAGCUGACUGUGAUAUCCUCAUUCCAGCUGCCAGUGAAAAACAGCUAACAAAGGCCAAUGCCUCAAAAGUCAAAGCAAAAAUUAUUGCUGAAGGUGCAAACGGACCCACAACUCCUGAAGCCGAUAAAAUUUUCUUGGAACGGAAUAUCAUGGUUAUUCCUGAUCUUUAUUUAAAUGCUGGUGGUGUAACCGUGUCUUAUUUUGAGUGGUUGAAGAACCUGAACCAUGUCAGCUAUGGUCGCUUGACUUUUAAAUAUGAAAGGGACUCGAACUACCACUUGCUAAUGUCUGUCCAGGAGAGCUUGGAAAGAAAGUUUGGGAAACAUGGUGGAAGUAUUCCAGUUGUGCCCACUGCAGAAUUCCAGGAUAGGAUAUCUGGUGCAUCUGAAAAAGACAUUGUCCAUUCUGGCUUGGCUUACACCAUGGAGCGUUCUGCUAGGCAAAUUAUGCGUACUGCCAUGAAGUACAACCUAGGUCUGGAUCUGAGAACAGCUGCCUAUGUCAAUGCAAUUGAGAAGGUCUUCAAGGUAUACAACGAAGCUGGUCUGACCUUCACAUAAACUGAUAGUCCAUCUCAGCCUGGCAUCCUGUUAUGAACCCUCUUCAGAAAGCUUAUUACAAGUUUACAUAUAUGAUAUAACCACAGAAAUCCCUCUUUUCUCACUUAACUAUAGUGGAUAUGAUUCUCAAUUACCUUCCAUUCAAACUAGUCCUCUUUUAUAAUAAAAGACAAAAAUUCCAUGGAUUUAGGGCUUCAUGCCAAGAGAUAACAUCUGCACUUGUGGGGGUGUUCUCAGCGUUUUUCACCUUGAAAUUUAAAAAGGUACCUUUUAUUGUAUGAACCUGUGGCCUGGCCACAAUAAGCAAUCUAGCAAAGCUUCAGAUCACACAUACUGUGUUUUAUUGGAGCAAUUGGCUAACUGUCCAUGCACUUUGGUUUCAAACAAUGUAACUUUCUUAGCUUUGGCACUUUGAGUAAAAAGGCCUUGGAUGAUCAAUGCAGUGGCAUUAUCAGAGAUAGAAUGGGCCUUUUGCAGGGAAUAACUUUGAUAGGAUUCUCAUUUUUACACUUAGCAGAGCCAUAGGCCUGGUUCUCUUUAGGCAAUGUGUGUUUCUUUUUAUAAUCUGUGCUCCUGUUACAAGGCUGCCUUUAAAUCAUGUACUCAUCUUCAACUUGACUAAAGCACUACAACGUGCACCUAGAAAGAUGAGUUCCAGGAGUUAGUAUUUUUAUAAGCUGAAGCAGAAUCAUCGUUGUACAGACAUCCAAUGGAAUAAACUUGUGUGUUUAAUCUCAUCACUGCAUAUCCAUUUUGCUUGUUUUUUUAAAGAACAGAUACGUACUUGAGCAUAAUCUUAGAUAGUCCAAAGAACUUGUGUAGCUUCUUACUCUCCUCGGUCGUGUUUUAUUUUCUGAGGUGCUUUUAGCAUUAGCUUAUUGCCUCAAUGAGCAAUUAACACAGAAAUAAUUGGCAACAAGGAGGCAAGCUGCUGCUAUGAACCUUAUGUAGGAUCUUAACACACUUUCUGUUCCUUUCAUUUUGGGUAUUUUGCAUAUUCUCACCAUAAAGAAUUGAAUAAAGAGGGCCUCAAAGCAGGAUUGGAUCAUACAGUUGUUUGAGGAUUUUUUACAAGGUCCUUUGUCCAGAGGAGUCCUAUAAAGUGCCAGAUGUAUUUAUGUAACGAAAUAUGAAUGUUUUUUAAAACAAACCUAAGCCCUCCCAGGAACUCAUGCUUUUUUUCUAGCUACUUUGUUACUCAUGACAUAACUUGGCAACAAAAGCAAUUAUUAAAAGUUGAUCUUUCCAAACA